ACAUCUAAUGACACUUCCGCAUCGCCAAUACUCAAUCCCCUGACGCUUUUUGAAGAAGUUUGAGGUUUUGAGGUUUUUAUUUGGAUGUGAAAUUGAAGAUUUGAUUUCAGGUGUUCAGGUUUAGUCGCGUCGGGACUGACUGCUGUAAUAAAGUGACAUGCAGGCGAUAAGAAAUUUCUUCCGGGCCGCCUGGUCAUCUGAUGAAAAGCUGGAUGGCAAAACUGUGGUCAUCACCGGGGCCAACACGGGUAUUGGCAAAGAGACAGCCAUCGACCUGGCCAAGAGAGGGGCAAAGGUCAUCAUAGCAUGCAGGGACAUGGAGAAAGCAGGAGCCGCUGUGAAGGAAAUCAUCGAGAGCUCGGGCAACGAAAAUGUCCUUUGCAUGAAACUGGACUUGGCAGAUAGCAAGUCGAUAAGGGAAUUCGCUGAAGCCAUCAACAACGGAGAACCGAAACUCAACAUCCUCAUCAACAACGCUGGAGUGAUGGUGUGUCCUUAUGGGAAAACGGCAGAUGGCUUUGAGAUGCAGAUCGGCGUCAAUCACAUGGGUCACUUCCUGUUGACGUAUUUGUUGCUCGACCUGAUUAAAAAGUCGGCACCGGCCAGGAUUGUCAAUGUGUCCUCCAUGGCUCACAACUGGAGCUCCAUCAACCUGGAGGACAUCAACAGCGAGAAGAGUUACGACAAGAAUAAAGCCUACUCCCAGAGCAAGCUGGCCAACGUCCUCUUCACACGCUCGCUGGCGAAACGACUCGAAGGCACGGGUGUGACGACGUACUCCCUCCACCCUGGAGUCGUCCAGACGGAAUUAUGGCGUCAUCUGAACGGCCCCCAGCAGAUCCUAUGGAAGAUGGCGACCCCCUUCACCAAGAACUCCUCCCAGGGAGCUCAGACGACCAUCUACUGCGCAGUGGAGCCGUCGCUGGAGAAAGAGAGCGGCGGAUACUACAGUGACUGCGCUCCGGCGAACUGCUCGGCGGAUGGAAAGAACGACGAGCUGGCGCAGAAGCUGUGGGAGCUGAGCUGUCGUUUGCUCUCCGUGACGUGGGAAUGAAUCAAUAAACCGACCAGUUUUUACAGUCUCACGUGUUCCUCCACAAAUCAGUGCAGUUUCGUCUUGUUGCUCUAAUGCUGCUUGUGAAGAAAUGACGUACCAAAAUAUUAUCUUAAUGACUUUUGUUACAGUUAAAUAUGUAUUUUUGUUUGUGUUUGUUUUACAUAGUAACAUAAAGUACUUGCACAACAUGGCACUAUUUCUAAAAUGCAAAAGUAUAUAUGUCACAUUAAGUUUACAGAAAUCACCAUAAUCUCUCUUGAUAAAAGUUUCACAGUUAAUAAGUCAGAUUACUUUUUUUUUUACACGUAUCAACCGAUUUUCUGUGCUGGUGUUUUCUUAUUAAACUCUCUCACACACUCCA